AUGCCAUCCAUUCAAACCCUCAUUGUGCUGUUUGCAGCAUUCGCUGCCUCCGCUUCUACGGCAUUGAAACCCAUGUUCCAAACCGCCGCCAAUCACACAGUGACUGGACCAACAACCUUCUCAACAGUGAUCACAAGCGAUCCAACUCCCUUAUCUGAAAACGCCAACUUAAACAACAUCGAAGAGCCGCCCCACACUCUUGGCGGAGAAAUCGAUAACAUAGACUCCGUUGAUCUCCUCGAGUGCUGGGAGAAUUCGGCGCGCUACGAGUUUGGCGAAUUCAAGUGUGCCGGAAAACGGUGGUACCGCAAAAGCAACGGGUUGUGGCAUGAUCCAUACGACUGCUGGGAGAAUUGUAACCCGUUUGUCUCUGGCUCGAUCAAGAACGACCCAUACAAACGGUUGCUCAAGUGUGAGAGAAGGGUCUUUUGGGCCGAGUGUAGAACUGGCUACGCUCCGAUUAUAACCGAGUCUUGA